GUAGUGCUGGGAGCCCGGCGGAGUUCUGCGGAGCUGAAAUGAAGCGCACACACGGAGUGGCUCACACCACGCAGCGCCGUGCGGCUCAGGAAGAGGCUCCACUCCGCUCCAGCUCAAGCCUGCUGCGGCUGAAUGAAGGGCUCCGUCCAUGCGGAGGCUAGCGCUCUUCCUGCUGCCCUGUGCUGUCGCCGUUCUGGUGCACUUGUGGUUGGCACAACGACCCUCCUUCUGCUUCUUCUUCACCCCGCUGGAGAACAGCACAUGCUCGGAAGAGCGCUUGCCUUUCUUUGACGUUUUGGUGGGAGUUCUGUCCGCCAGGCACCAUCAUGACCUCCGGCAAGCGAUAAGAGACACGUGGCUGGGCUACAUUACAGAUCACCCGCACUUCCAGCACAGAGUGGCGGUGAAGUUCAUCGUGGGUCGACAUGGGUGUCCCAUCCCGGACGAGGACAGGGAGGACCCGUACUCUUGCUCCCUCCUGAACUUCAGCGAGCCAGUGUUGGGUCAGGAUGCAGAGAUGGAAAUCGUGACGGUGGCCGACCCCUCGCUGCUCGUCUCCUCCGACGUGUCGGCCAUCGCUCUGGACUUUAAAGUCCUGCACCCGGUGGUGAUCACCCAGCUCGGGGUGUUUUCCAGUGGGACGCGGCCUGAGCUGCACGGCAACGUGACGGUGAAGCUUCUGCAGCUGGACCAGGAGGAGGCUGUCAUUACAGCCCGCUUCAGCUCCAUCAGCAUGGGGACCAUGGUGAACUGGGUGUGGUACAAACCAGUGGAGCAGUUCAUCUUGCCCAAGGGUUUUGAGGGGACGCUGGUUUGGGAGAGUCAGGACUCUGCUCUGCUCACCACUGUCAACUCUUCGUCCGUGGAGCUCAAUGAUGGCGGCGGCAUCCUCAAGAUUUCCUCUAUUGCAGAAGGCGUCUUGCCUCACAGAAGUGCUCUUGGAUUUCCUGGUUUGGCUGGAGGAUUCACGUUUACUAUCUACGAUGAAGACGGAUUGUCCGGGCUCCUGCGAGGCCGCGCUGCCAGGAUGGAGAAGCACGCCUCCGGUUUGAGGCGGGAGGACGCCACUCUGCAGGAGGAAAGCCUCAGGCAUGGCGAUUUGGUAUUCGUAGACGUGGUGGACACCUACAGGAACGUGCCUUCCAAGUUGCUUCAGUUCUAUAAAUGGUCCGUGGGAAACGCUGACUUUAAUCUGCUGCUGAAGACGGAUGAUGAUUGUUACAUCGACGUGGACUCGGUGUUAAUGAAAAUUGACCACAAGGGUCUGAAGCGCAGAAACUUCUGGUGGGGGAAUUUCAGGCAGAGCUGGGCCGUGGAUCGGAUAGGGAAGUGGCAGGAACUGGAGUACGCCAGCCCGGCUUACCCUGCGUUCGCCUGCGGCUCUGGAUACGUGGUUUCUCGUGACCUGGUCCAGUGGCUCGCCAGCAACGCAGAGAAGCUGAAGCCCUAUCAGGGAGAAGACGUAAGCAUGGGAAUAUGGAUGGCAGCCGUCGGACCGCAGAAAUAUCAGGACGCCGGCUGGCUAUGUGAGAAGGAAUGCUACCUGGACAUGUUGUCGUCUCCACAGCACACGGCCAAGGAGCUGCAUGUCCUCUGGGACAGGAAGAGGACCUGCGGAGACCCCUGUGGGUGUCCCUGGGACCGCUGAUCGUGGUCCUCUCCAGUGACACUACGUCUUUAGCGACUGAAAUGGACGCUUCGGCAAGCAGACGCUCUGAGAGGUCAACAAAGAACCCAAGAAGAGAGAUGAAGACUUUGCUUGGUGUAUAUCUCUGGCUGGAAACUCGACCCCUCCAAACAUGGACUUGAGUCUUCUUUAAAAAGAAUAAGAAAUCCUCCUCCAGUAAUUGUGUUGUGACAGGAAGCAGAAAUCUGCUGGAAAAUCUUUGGAGAACUGAUCAAUGUUGAUCAGAAGACGGCAGAUCAAGGCUGAGUUACGACAGCUAAGAGUCCCCCAGGCUGUUUGUUUUCGUAAAUAAUGAUGCUUCAUAUUUUAUUAAAGCAGAAUUAUACAA